AUGCCCACAUUGCUCGCGAGAAAUGGUGCCGGCACGGCCGGAGCUACCAGUGGUGGUCCCGCCAUCAGUCUCGGGGUCAUCAUUGCCAUCGUGAUCAUCGGGACCGUCUUCGUGGCAGUGGCCAGCGGUCUGCUGUGCACAUGGGCUGCCCGGCGGAAGCGUCAUAAGCGCCGCGAGUCCCGCCGCAUGGAAGAGGAAGAGGCCCGCAAGAAGCAGAUGAUGACCGUCACCAUGAUGCGGGACAGCGACGAGGAAGGCCGGCCGGCAGAUGGCCAGCCGGUGGCCGGCGACGCCGCAGCCACAGCGGCGGCAGCGGCCGCUGCCAACUAUUUCCGCCCAGGCGGCGCGAACGUCUCGGACUGUGCCUCGAGCACGUGCUGCUCGCUGGCUUCCACGCGCGAUUCGUUCUCGACCAUGGACGGGGACUUUGAGGGCGCCGGCUUGGUCUGGUGGUGGAUGUGGCGCUGGCGGCGCUUCUGGCACAACCAGCGCCGCUGGGUCCGCCGCCAGAGGCAGCGGGUCCCGGCCGUCCUGGGCCGCACGGGCAGCAACAGCAGUGGCGGCUCGCAGGGCGGCAGCAACGAGAUCAAGCUCCAGAGCCAGCGCAACCACUGCCUGCACAACCACGGCCACCACGGCCACCACCACCAUCGUCGAGGCACGGCUGACGGCUCGCCGCGGAAGCUGCGUCGACGCCGGCCCGAGACAUCCAUUAUUGCCUCGACCAACUCGCUCUUCUUCCCCAGUUUCGCGGGCGAGAACGACAACAACGGCAAUUCCAUUGCCCGCAACGCCGCCAGCGGCGAGAUUGGUCUGCGCGAGCCGCCGCCGACAUUCUCGGUCAUCCGCGCCAACUCGUUCCCGCAGCGCCCGCCACCGCCCUCGGAGCAGCAGCGUCUGCUCGCGCCAAGCAACCAGCCGCCGUCCAACAUGUCCGGCCACAACGGCCCCUGGUUUGCAAACAACGUCAGCGGCAGCGGCAGCCCCAGCCGGUCCUCCAUGGCCAACAUGCCGCCGCGCCCGCAGAAUCCACGCUACCGCCCGCAACAGCCGCCCAACCCGACCCAGCAGCGUCAGCAGCAGCACCAGCAAGGUCCGUCUCUGCAGCCGCCGCCGCCCAUCUCGACCCGGACUCUGCCCCGCCCGCCGCAGCCUGCCCUGAUCAUCCCACGCCAGCCGGAGACGUACAUCCCGCCCGGCGUGCCCUUCCAUCCCAGCAUGCCCGCGCAGCAGCAGCACCAGAUGAUGGUCAUGAUGAUGCAGCAGCAGCAGGUACAGCUCCAGCAGCAGAUCCGUCAACAGCACAUGCUGCAGCAGCAACAAAACCGCCUGUCUCGUUCCGGCAGCAAACACGCGUCCCAGCCAAACUAUGCCACGGAGGCCGCCCUGACCGAGAUCCUGCGCUCUACGGAGCAGCGUCUGGGGCAGCUGCAGGGCCAGCAGCAGCUGGGCAACCUGGGCUCUCUAAAGCGCGCAUCGACGACUGGACCGGCCAAGACGACAGACGCUGCUGCAGCGACUGCCACGGCGACUGCGAUGUCGACUGCUGCGGCUGACGCCGAUAAUGAGUCGAUCAAGCGUGUCUCGCAGACCUCGGGCUCGGACGCCGACAGCAUGGUGGCCGCGCGCAAAAACUCGCGGGAUGGCGAGCAUGGCAAGGACGCCCGCGACAGCAGUCCCAUCCUGGACGCCAUUCCCACGGCCCUGUCCAGCCCCAGCAAGAGCCCCAACAAGAACCGCGUCGCCGCCGGCACACUCACCCAGGCGGCGGGCGGCAGCAGCGUCAUGGCACACCCCAUGAUGCUGCCGGCUCCCGCUGUCCACCUGCCCGCGCCAACCCCAUCCAAUCUCUCCAACUCGUCCCCCGAGACGCGCUCGCCGUCUUCCGCGUACUCGUCCGCGGCCUCGUCUCGCUCGUCGCUCUCGACCGUCUACAGUGUCGACGAGCGGUCCGACAAGGGCACCGUGGCGAGCAGGGCCACGUCCAAGGGCGGCGUGCGUAUUGCCAACAGCGGUGACGACGGCGGCGACGACGACGACGCCCAGAACGACCGCAUCUUGGCCGGUCUGGGCAUCACGUUGACGGCCGACAGCCAGCUGUUUGCGGCCGAGAAGGAUCUGGAGCGCGUCCAGGUGUCCCAUGCCGUCGUGCCAGGCACUGAUGACGCCACGCUGGUCCCGGCAGCUCUCUCGACGCCCAAGUCCCGGGCAUCGCGUGGUAUGUCUGUGAUUGCCGCGGCUGCUCCUGAUCUGCCACCACGGUCACCCAAGCGGUCGGCCGGCACCAUAAAGAAGGCCAACGGCAUCAUGAUCCCGCACAGCUCGAGCGGCAACAACCUUGGCAGCAUGAUGAGCACCAGCGCCAACACCAACUCCCGCAACGGCGCCAACCAGGGCCGCAGCCGCCACCGCCGCAACGGCAGCGUUUGGCAGCAGGCACCGUCCCCGCAGCACCAGCAGUCCGGUUACAAUAUGAUGCACAGCAACAGCCUGCGUUUCACCUUUGGCGGACCGCACAAUAUGAACGGCGCCAACAGCGACAACGAUGACGGGCCAGCCACGCCCUCACAGGUUGUGCGCCGGAUGGCGACGAGCCCCAGCAAGCGUGGUGCGAAUAACGGCACCAGCACAAGCAGCAACAACAGCAAUGCCUCCGCUGCCGACCCCAGCGACGAAAAGACGCCCUCAUCCGCCGUUAGCAUUAUACCGCCGUCGUCGCCCACCGCCUGGCGCAAGUCCGCCGACCGCUCGCUGCUGCAGAGCUCGCCGACGCUGGCGCCCGAGGACGAGCACUCGCUCGUGCCCCACCAUGCGAACCCGCGCACCAGCUGGGGCAACGGUGGUCCACCGCCCAACCCGCCCCGGCACCGCCGCCGCUCACUCAACGAGCGCAUCGAGGCGCUGCAGGCCAUCGAGAGCGAGGAAGCCCAGUUCCGCCGCGCCGUGCGGCCCCUGCCACGGCCGCCGUCGUUUGGCAGCCUGAGCAACCUGACCGCACUCAAUGCCCUGAGCCAGCAGAUGGCGCAGAACCCGCAUGGUUCGUACAGCUUGCAGACGUCCAAAGGUUCGCAGAAGAACGAUAACAGCAGCAGCAGCAAUAACAACAACACCAACAACAACAUGACCGUCAUUUCUGCCGCCGCCGAGCUGCGCCGCAUGAACAGCACCGCUUACAGCGAAGCCUCCAGCUGCUACAGCAACGCCACCUCAGCCAUCGGCCGCUCGCCCGCGUUGGGCAGCGUGCCCUCGUCGGCUGUGCACAUUGCCACGACUGCCUCGGCCAUGGGUCUGACCCAGCCGCGCCGCGCCGCGCGCCGCCGCAACAGCAGUGCCGGUGAGUCCGCCAGUGGCAUGGCCAACCGCAGCAGCGCCGUGGGCAGCCGGCAGUACCUGGCGCUCGGCAAGAAGCGGCUGUCGCAGGUGCCGAGCCACGGCGGUGGCGGCUACGACAAGGAGAACCGUGGUGCCGUGUCGAAGCGCAGCUCGGCUCCUCCGGCUGCGUCGUCGUCGUCGUCGUCAUCGUCUGGAACCGGCGGCGUCUCCUCGCGCCCUCCGCCCCAGCGCACACGUUCGGCCCGCUCCAUGACCACGACCGGCACCGUCCUGCGCCGCGUCGACGAGAACCCGGCAUCGGGCUCGACAACGCCGUCGUCGGGCACCCCCAACAAGACCGGCGGCGCCCUCACGCCCUCGGCCACCGCAGGCUCCCACCUCGGCGUCGUCGCCAACGCCAAUGCCAACGUCAACGCCAACGCAAAUCCGUCGACGCCCAAGGCCAACACAGGCCGUCCGCUGCGCAAGUCGCCGAGCCGCUCGACUCAGGUCGGCACCGCGGCGCUGCCGGCACACGGCAGCCCUGUGAGCAAGCUGCGGGCCCGGUCGACCAUGGGCCCGAGUACGCCGCCGAGCGUGCGGAGCAUGCGGCAGCAGGCAGCAGCGAGCCGGGACAGUCUGGGCCUGUACGACCAGGACGGCUUCCUGCUGAGCUCGCCGGCACGCAAGGUGUAG